GUUGGGGCCUUUUGUUUUAACUCUAAUCGGCUUAGGGUUUGCUUUCUUCUUUCCCCCAAACCCUAAGUGAGGCGCGCGAAUAGCUGUAAUCGGAUCGAGAUUUUGUAGGAGGUAUGGGUCUUCGCGGAAGAGGCUAUGGCGGACGCAGAAGUAGAGGGGGAGGGUUUGGUUCAUCAUCCUCUAGUAGUGCUGAAUAUCGAAAGAAAUGUGCAGCUUCCUAUGCACCCAAAACUUCUUCUUCUAAGAGUUGGUUUCAAGAUAUGGAAGAUGAAGCCGAUUGUUACAUUUUGUACCACAUUCGUAUGAGGGUAAAAUUUGUAUUAUAUGAACUCGAUUUCAAUAAUCUUGUUCAUCCAAUUGACUUGAUUAUAAUUUUAGGCUUGAAUUGCUAUACUUUUCUACCUGUUUGUAUAAUUGAUCAUGGUUUCUGUAUUUAACAUUUUGAUUUAAGCACCUUUAUAUGUAAGGUUUCCUCUUACUUUGUAAUCAUGAUAUGCAUAUCUAUGUGCUUUUUCUUGUUAGUUUUUCGGGGUCUAGUAUUUGUACGUAGUCCUGUUUCAUCUAGGUUGGAGCAACUUUUGUGGCUUCUGUUUUCUGCCUCAGAACAACUGAACUGAACUAAGAUUUGAAUGCAGAAUUUGAAAACUCGGGGAGAAGAACAUCCAUCUCGUGCUAAGGUUAUGCAAGAGCUUGAAGACUUGUGUGGUAUGGUGGAUAUAAGUCUCUUUGGGGUAAAUGGUGGACAGAGAAGCAUGACAAGGAACUGUGUAAAGAGUGGACAAUAACUUAUCAGAAUAGGAUGACUCAGUUUGGUCCAGAGUACUGCAGGAGACUUGGAAUGAAGGAAAUUGUUGAAAAUGUAUGCAAGGGUGUACCGUCAUCAAGGUCGACGAGGCAUUUGAUUGAUGAGGUUUUAGAGUAUUGUAUUUAGUAUCUUAGGUAAUAUUAUGGUACUUAUAUGGGCAUUUGAUUGAUAAGGUUCUUGAGGAUUGUAUUUAGUAUUUUAGGUAAUAUUAGUAAAAAUUUUACAUAUAAUGGUGUUUAUAUAUUAUGUGAAAUCAGACAGCUUGUAUAUAUGUAACUGAUUUUUUUUUAAAAAAAAAAAAUUUAUGUG